GGAUGGUAUAAAUGGUCGAGGUGCUGUGUGGUUGUCGUGUUGCAGCUUGCUCUGUAGUCUAGUUUUUGUUUUGUCUUUUUCGCGAGUGGGACCGGCUCGUGAUCUUUUUCUAAUGGCGCCCGUAGCCCUUGCCCUGCUGUUCGCAGUUGCGUUUGCCACUGGAGCAAGUGCCCAAGACGCUUUGCCAGCGGCAAUAAAUUCAACCGCGGCCACCCAACCCCUCGCUGCGACCAAUUCUUCGACUGCCGCGUCUACCAUCACCACGUCCCUGCCAACCACCGCCUUGGUCUCGUCCUCCACCGCGGUAUCCGCCAUUACUGCCGGGGUCACGAAGGGUGACCAGACCGCGAGACCCGUGCUGGACACGCAUCCAGCUUGUCUCCCUGGCGUGUGCCAGAACGGAGGUCUGUGUGGCGUGACUCCGCAAGGCUCUUACGUCUGCACCUGCUUCCAUGGCUACACGGGACGCAACUGCUCAGAGGUGUCCCUCCGUGUGGACUGCGGGGCGAGCGAGGUGAGCGCGUCCCUGGAGAACGACUUUCUCGCGUGGCACAACAUCACGGCCACCACCGUGGUGCUGGCGCGCCACUCCUCCCUGGACGCGGUGCCCAGCGAGGCUUGCCUGGCUCGCAAGAGCGUCUCCCAGGGCGUAAGCCACCUCCUCAUGAAGCAGACGCACGGCCGUGAGGAAUGCGGUGCCAAGAUGAUGGUGAACGACACCCACGUGAACAUCGCAUACCAGGUAAUAAUCGGGAACCGCUCUGACGUGAUCGAGAGGAUCUACUUUGUGCUGGACUUCUCCUGCGUGUAUCCCCUGGAGGAGCGCGUGGCUUCAGACGUCGCUGUCACGAGCGCCCUCUUGACAUUCAUCAUCCCCGAGAUGGAUGGUGUCCUGCGGGUCGCCAUGGCGCUCUACAGGAGCGCCAACUUCUCGCAGGCAGACAGGUACGCCGUCUCGCCCAGGCUGAGCUCCUUCGAUCGAAUUUACGUGCGGGUCUUCCUGCACAUGCACUCGAAGGACAAGGAGACUGACGCCAAGGGCGAUUUCAACCUCCUGCUUGUGAACUGCUGGUGCACGCCGAGUGACAACGCGUCUGACCCCAUCAACCACAAGCUCUUCAACGACGGAUGUCCCUCGGACCAGACCGCCUACUUCCACAGCGUGAAUGGCAAUGACAGCCACGUGGACUUCAGCGUCCAGAUGUUGAAGUUCAUCGGCAUCCAGUACCAGUUGGUCUACAUCCACUGCUCUGUGCGUGUCUGCUUCAGCGUCAACAGCACUCAAUGCGUCCCGGGAUGUCAAGGCGGCAGGGUGAAGAGGCACACGAGGAAGGCCGACACGUUCGAGGGGGUGCUGUCCAUCGGGCCCAUGAGGAUCGUUGACGAUGAGGUGGAGAUCGAAGUCACCCAGUCCACCCACGGCCUCUCCACGCCCAUCCUCGUUCCGCUGCUGCUCGUUGCCGCCUUCGCCGGGGCCCUCAUCUCGCUCGGCUGCUUCGUGGCAACGCGGAGAGGCACGCGGCAGUUGCGGGCGGCGGCGGACGACAACUUGGGAGGGCAACCACCCUCCUAUGGGACUGCAUGUGGCCCACCGGGCAACCUCCAGUUGCCUGACGCAUCCGUGACUGGCGAGACUCUGCCCAAGACGAAGAUUGUUGUUUCAUGAAACGAGUACUCGCUCGCGUGCUUCCAUGCACGUCGCCCUAGAUGUGUUUUUGUGUAAUCUUGUGCUCCUUUUUGUGGCACCCUAGUGUGGCUUUGACUGGAAUGAAAACUACUGAUGAAUUGAUGUCUCUUUAAAAGAAAAAAAUAAACUUGCAAGAAAAACAU